AUGGCAAACACAUUGGCAUUGAACCCAAACACUUUCCUUGUUUCCCUUUCAGGCAACUUGAUUGAGACAACAGUCACAGAUAAGGCUUGUGUAGCUGAUGCAUGGGUAUGCAACAUCCGUUCCAUGUACAAUGGACAGCAGAUAAUCGUGGGAUUGGAUUCUGAGUGGAGGCCUAAUACUACAUCGACAUUGAUCAACAGAACAGCUGUUUUGCAGCUAUGCAUUGAAACCAAGUGCCUCAUACUCCAGCUGUUCUAUUUGGAUUACAUUCCCCAAUCUCUCAAGAGCUUCCUUCAAGAUCCUAAUGUUACUUUUGUUGGAGUGGAGGUUGAAAGAGAUGCAGCAAAGCUGAGGGAUGAGUAUGGGCUUCAAUGUGCCCGUAUAGCUGAUGUUCGCGAGUUGACAAUGAACCGCUGGCCAUUGUUGUUCCACAGGAAGCCAGGCUUAAAAGAUAUUGCUUAUCAAGUGGUGGGGCUUUCAAUGCCAAAACCAAUGCAUGUAAGCCGUAGUGAUUGGCAAUCAAGUGUUCUUGACUGUUCACAGAUAGAAUAUGCAUGUAUCGAUGCUUAUGCUUCUUACAAAUUUGGGCACAGCCUACUGAAAUAG